AUGGAUGAUGAACAAAAAUGUGAGUUCAAGAGUCAUCACAAAGUUAAAACCAUUAUUCUCAAUGCCAUAUCUUACAAUGAAUAUGAGAAAAUUACAAACUUAAAUUCAGCAAAAGACAUUCUUGAUUCAUUAAGAGUGACUCAUGAAGGCAAUACUCAAGUUAAGGAAACUAAGGCCUUGGCCUUAAUUCAAAAGUAUGAAUCUUUCAAUAUGGAAGAAGAAGAAAUUAUUGAAACUAUGUUUUCAAGAUUUCUAACUUUGGUCGCAGUACUCAAGGUUCUAGACAAAAGUUAUACCAUUGUUGAUCAUGCUAAAAAGAUCAUCAGAAGUCUACCCAAGAAAUAG